AUGAUCAGCAACAACAGAAUCGGAGUUGAUAAUGAUUCUGAAACAGUUACUUCGAAUGCAGCUCAAUCAAAAAGAUUAUGUGAAUUUCUGAAAAAACGAAAAGUGAUGUGCAUCACAUUUAUUAUUAUUGUACUUGCUAUAAUUGUAAUAAUUCCAACUAUUAUCUACACAACAAAAAAGACCAACAGUGAAAAAACAUCAAUAACAGAAGAAACACCAAUUGAAACAACAGAAGGAACAACAAUUGAAAUAACAGAAAAAAUAGAAAUAACAACAGAAUCACCUACCACAUCAACUUCAACAACAAUAUCAACAACACCAUCAAAACCGAAAUUUGACAAAUGGAAACAAAAUGCCAUCACUGUGGCUGGUGGAAAUGGACAAGGACAAGAAUUAAAUCAACUCUAUGAUCCUGUUGCAAUCUUUAUUGAUCAAAAGAAAAAUAUUUUCAUCGCUGAUCAAUAUAAUCAUCGUAUUGUUGAAUGGAAAUAUAAUGCAAAAGAAGGACACAUCAUUGCAGGUGGAAAUAGCAAAGGAAAUCAAAUGGAUCAAUUAGAUCGGCCAACAGAUGUAAUUGUUGAUCAACAAACUCAUUUGAUUAUCAUUGCUGAUUGGGGUAACAGACGCGUGAUUCAAUGGUUGAAUCAAAAGCAACAAAUUCUUAUUCAGGAUAUUGGCUGUUUUGGUUUGGCAAUGGAUAAACAUGGAUUUCUGUAUGUUUCUGAUACUGUGAAGAGUGAAGUGAGACGAUGGAAAAUGGGAAAAUAUAACAACGAAGGAGUUGUAGUAGCAGGUGGAAAUGACAGAGGAAAUCAUCUCAAUCAACUCAGUUCUCCUAUUUUUAUCUUUGUUGAUGAAGAUCAAUCUGUUUAUGUAUCUGAUAUGCACAAUUAUCGUGUGAUGAAAUGGAAAAAUCAUGCAGAAGAAGGAACAAUUGUGGCUGGAGGAAGGCUUAAUCAAUUGGGUGAAUCUCAAGGGGUAAUUAUUGAUGAUUUGGGUCAAAUCUAUGUGGCAGAUUUUUAUAAUCAUCGAGUAAUGCGUUGGUGUGAAGGAAAAGAAGAAGGUGAAACUGUUGUUGGUGGAAAUGGUAAAGGAGAUCAAUCAAAUCAAUUGGAUAGUCCCGGUGAUUUAUCUUUUGAUGAUGAAGGAAAUCUUUAUGUUGUUGAUGGGAGAAAUCAUCGGAUUCAAAAAUUUGAAGUAACUUCGUGA